AUGGCCGAAGCAAGUGGAAGCAAUGGCAAGGGCAAGCUGGACGACCGUGUCGACCUGACGACGUCGAAGGAGGUGAAGGUGUUUCCCACGUUCGAGUCCAUGUCACUAAAGGAGAACCUUUUGCGUGGCAUCUACGCCUACGGCUACGAGACACCUUCGGCCGUGCAGUCCCGCGCCAUCGUGCAGGUAUGCAAGGGUCGCGACACGAUUGCACAGGCCCAGUCGGGCACAGGCAAGACGGCCACCUUCUCGAUCAGCAUGCUGCAGGUUAUCAACACGGCAUCGCGUGAAACACAGGCGCUGGUGCUAUCGCCGACGCGCGAGCUGGCAACACAGAUCCAGAGCGUGGUCAAGGCACUCGGCGACUACAUGAACGUGCAGUGUCACGCCUGCAUUGGCGGCACGAAUGUGGGCGAGGACAUCCGGAAACUGGACCAGGGCCAGCACAUUGUGUCGGGCACGCCCGGACGCGUAGCAGACAUGAUUCGACGGCGACAUCUGCGCACGCGCAACAUCAAGAUGCUGGUGCUCGACGAGGCGGACGAGCUGCUCAACCAGGGCUUCCGCGAGCAGAUCUACGAGGUGUACCGCUACCUACCGCCGGCCACACAGGUGGUGGUGGUGUCGGCAACGCUGCCACAGGACGUGCUCGAGAUGACGUACAAGUUCAUGACGGACCCGGUGCGCAUCCUUGUCAAGCGUGACGAGCUGACGCUCGAGGGGCUCAAACAGUACUUUAUCGCGGUGGAAAAGGAGGAAUGGAAAUUCGACACGCUCUGCGACCUGUACGACACGCUCACCAUCACGCAGGCCGUCAUCUUCUGCAACACACGGCGCAAGGUCGACUGGCUGACCGACAAGAUGCGCGAGUCCAACUUCACCGUCAGCAGCAUGCACGGCGACAUGCCGCAGAAGGAGCGGGACAGCAUCAUGCAGGACUUCCGUCAGUUCAACACGCGCGUGCUCAUCUCCACCGACGUGUGGGCACGAGGCAUUGACGUGCAGCAGGUCAGCCUGGUGAUCAACUACGACCUUCCUAGCAACCGGGAGAACUAUAUCCACCGCAUCGGACGGUCCGGCCGUUUUGGCCGGAAGGGUGUUGCCAUCAAUUUCGUCACCAACGAGGAUGUGCGGAUCCUCCGUGACAUUGAGCUGUACUAUUCCACGCAGAUCGACGAAAUGCCCAUGAACGUGGCCGAUAUCCUGUCGUGA